UUAUCCAGUCAUUAUAAUGAUAUGAUUUCAAAAUUUGCUUCUGCCUCCCAUUUGGUAAAAUCUACCAGUGGAGAAACCCACCCAGUGGACCACCCCCUGAGCAGCAUAAAUUACUGAGGGAGACCCCCUCACCCCUCUGGUCAGUGAAAUCUACUGGGGGACCCCCCAUCCCCUCGAAAUUCAUUUCUGCUUAAGUGCUUGAUGUGGAGUGAUGUGUGUGUGGGUGGAGUGCUGACAUUCUUUUCGGAUUUAGUACUAUUUAGAAACUUUAUGCAUCUGUAUCCCAGGAUAGGUGUAUAGGCAACACGGUCUGUCCCAUAGUGAGUCUUAUUCCUUUAAAAAGGGGUGGUGAAAAGAACACAGACACAACCUUCCCUUAAAUGUAAAUUAAGGUGUAACAACUUAGGAGGAAAUGUAGGAUGGCGUGUUCGUCACAAGCCCUAACUUGCCUGGUAAUCUGUUUAAGAGUGGGCGUGAAGAGUUGAAAAGAAGGAUAUUAAGGAGUAAAGCAGGAGUAAAUAGUAGUCUUCAUUUCAAGCUGGAGGUAUCUCUGUGAGUGUUCCUGAGGUCCUCGAGAAUCUCAUUUAUAUUCUGUGUACUUGAUCGACAAAUAAGUAACAGAAGCUACGCUGAGCAACAGGUUGCUUUCAGGUUCCAGACAGCAGUACACAAGAAUGAGAUGAAGCAUGUGAGACAGAGAUCAAACAGAAACCAGCCAGAGAACAUCAAUGGCACAGAACGACGUUGCCUUCUCCUCUUCCUUACUCUCUUCCUCCAUCCACAAUGCCACAGGUGGGCAGAACAUACUGGGCAAUGUGCCCACUGCUUUGGGGGCCCUCAUCCUGGUUCUGGCCUUUCUCCUCGGCUGCCCUGGAAACCUGUUCAUUAUAUGGAGCAUCCUUGCACGUAGCCAGAAACAAUCUGUUCCCACCCUUCUCUUUCUACACCUAGCCUGUGCUGAUGGCUUCCUGAUGGCGCUCACACCGUUCUUUGCAGUCUACCUGGCUAAGCGUUCGUGGGAGUUUGGCAACAUUAUGUGCAAGGGGCUAUUCUACCUGUGCAGCACCAACAUGUACGCUUCCAUCCUCCUAAUCUCACUCAUGAGCCUGUACCGACUGGUGGCGGUCAUGUGGCCCCAGCGUCUGCGCGCUGUCACGGGCUGGAGGACUGUACUGUGGGUUUUAGCUGGACUCUGGAUGCUGGUGCUGGUCUUGUCUUCCCCUGUCUUGAUAUUCCGACAGAACAGUGAGACUGAAGAAAAUGGAACUCGACGUACAGUUUGCACCACCAAUCACACCCUUCCGCAGCAUGUUAUUUUUCACUACACCUUAGAGACACUGCUAGGAUUUCUCCUGCCCUAUGGGGUGAUCGUGACCAGCUACGUGUGUAUUCUGCGGCGAAUACGGCAAACUAGAUUCCGCCGCAAGAUACGCAGUGAGAGGCUAAUCUUGGCAAUUGUGGUGAUUUUUGCAAUCUUCUGGCUCCCAUAUCACAUCAUCAACGUGGUGCAGAUAGCAGCCGUGCUCUGUCCCGUUUCUUCCCCCCUAAAAGCCCGGUUGGAUGACAUUUGGCAGUCAAGCCGCACAGUCACGUCCGCCCUGGCCUUCAUCAGCAGCUGUGUCAACCCCGUGCUCUACCUCAUUGCCGGGAAGGCUUACAUCCAGAAGGCAGGCUUAGCUUUCAUGGUGCGGCUGUUUGAGAGCACUGAUUCGAGCAUCAAGGGAGGCCGGAAAAUCAGCCAGGAUACUCAGGAACAGGGGAGAGACGGGCAAAGUCUCAAGGAGGUAGAGUGCUUUGGUCAAUACAAAUGUGACGCUUAAGCAAUAGCAGAAAUGCCACUGCGAUGAUACUUGACAGUUUCUUAAAAGAUUGUUUUUUUCCAUAGCCCCUUAUCAGUUUUCAUUUAUCGCUCUAUUUUUUGUGACCUACUCAGCACAACGCAGGGCUAACUGCAGUCUGGUCUGAUACAUGUUUGUUGCAACACUAAAUUGAAUCUUGGUUCUUUUAUAUAACAUGUGGAUGAUUCGCACCUAUUUUUCACCACAGCCUGAUACAGUACAUUGUAGAUUCCAUAGCUCAAAGUGGAACAGAUUAUCAGGAGGCUUGUUUACCUAAACAGAAAGAAUAUUAGUGCUAAUCAGGGACUGUAAGAUGCUCAAUAAAGGACUGCACACAGGAACAGGACUUACUAUGAGAUUUGGCCAGAAAGCUGGCUUGUCCAUAUUAGCCACAGAUACGCCAAGCAAAGUCAGUACUAGCAAGUUGCGGGGCUCGAAGGAAAACGACCAUUUUGAGACGAUGAAUUAUCCAUUGGAGGUGAUUUGAGAAAUAGAGAUUAAAAGCCUAGUGUGCAAGGUCAGAAACUGCCAAGUUUAACCCAGUGGAAGCCAAAUGGUUAAGGGUUAAAAUUCUAGUUAUUUAAUACAUUUUUGAGUUUUAUUGGAAAAGGUCAAGGAAUCAUUACUUAUAUCAAAAUCAGUCAGUGGCAAGACCCAGAAAACACAGAAAUACAAUUAUGUGCGUGAUGGAAUAAUAUAUUUUUUUAUUCUAAAAUAAACGUGAAAAUUAAUGUAAAAGC